AUGGCGGAUGCUCUUGUUUCUAUCGUGCUGGAGCGAUUGGCUUCAGUCUUGGAACAACAAGUUACACUGGUGGUGGGUGUCGGAAGCGAGGUGGACAACCUAAAAAGCACACUCCAGAGCAUCAGAGCUGUUCUUGCAGACGCAGAGAAGAGACAGUUCAGCGAAGAACUUGUAAAAGUUUGGUUAGAAAGGCUCAAGGACAUCUCCUACCAGAUGGAUGACGUGGUGGAUGGGUGGAACACUGCUCUUCUCAAAUUACAGAUUGCAGCUGAAAACCCUUGCAUCCCUAAGCUCAAGAUAAGUUCCUGCCUUCCCUCCCCUUGUGUUUGCUUCAAACAAGUUCUUUUGCGCUGUGAUAUUGGUAUUAAGAUUAAGGACAUAAGAAAACAACUAGAUGCCAUUGCAAAUGAGAGAAAUCAGUUCAAUUUUGUGUCAAGUAGUACCAUCCAGCAACCACAUAGACGUAUGACCAGUUCUGUAAUUGAUGUAAGCCAGUUCUGCGGUCGGGAUGCAGAUAUAGACGUUAUAAUAGACAAGCUGUUGGGUGGGAGUUCCCAAGAAAGCUCCUCCCUCUACAUCAUCUCCAUAGUUGGGAUGGGAGGGAUCGGCAAAACAACUCUUGCUCAAUUAGCAUACAAUGACGAUAGGGUGAAGGCCUAUUUCCAUGAAAGGAUGUGGGUCUGUGUGUCUGAUCCUUUUGACCCAGUGACGAUUUCUAGGGCUAUUCUUGAAGCCCUCCAGAAAGAGUCUUGUGGUUUCCAUGAGCUGGAAGAUGUACAACAAAAAAUUUGCACACUUAUUGCCGAUAAGAAGUUCCUACUCGUGCUAGAUGAUGUUUGGACUGAAAACUAUGAAUUGUGGGAACAAGUAGAGAGUUCUCUCAAGGGCGGGGCACCGGGAAGUAGAAUUUUGGUGACCACACGAAAAGAUGACGUUUCUACCAUGAUGGGAACCACGUACAAGCACCCCUUACGAGAAUUGUCCGAGGGCAAUGUUGGUCAUUGUUCAGUAACAUAG